AAAUGCAUCAUUCUGCAAGAAGCUUAUUUACGUAUGGAUAAGAUCUGAUAAGUCAAAUGUCUGAAAAGUGAUUAAGAAACGCGUGGAUUAGCGAUAUCGGAUCUGUUGUUUCGUUAAAACUUGUUGCAGAUUGCUAGUUGCGACAUAGCUAUGGCACAAACGGCAUUGACGUUUUCGUCUCAUCCUUGUGCCCCACCUAUGGCUGAUUUUCCUUCCCCUAUGGGCCACGAGUUGAAUUUUCUCGCAGUUUCCGCUUUUCACUAUUCAAUCAAGCAAGCAAGUCUCGUUAAUUGGACUUCCUAUCUUCCGAUCGGAGCUCGCUUGAGGUUGUGGCGAUCAUGGCGAGUCUCCCUGAGAAGCUGAUCGUCGAUAUCCUCUUGAGAUUGCCUGUCAAAUCUCUGUUGCGUUUCAAAUCUGUAUAUUUCCACUCGUCUUUCGAUGACGAUUCUGCGGUUGUAAGCCUUAAUUUUCCCAUGAUGCCACCUCCUCUUGGUGCGAAUAUUAGGGGUUCUUGCAGAGGCUUCGUGCUUCUAGAUCCUGAUUAUCACUUCUUUGUGUGGAAUCCAUCAACUGGUUUCCACAAGCGAGUGCCGUACUUCCCUAUGUCGUCCCAAUUUUUCCCUUUCAUUCAUGGUCUCGGCUACGACGCCUCCGAUGAUGAUUACUUGGUAGUUCUCGGAGCUUAUGAUCCAAGCGAUGCUGACUUCAAAUCCGAUUUCCAGGUUUUCUCCAUGAAAGCCAAUUCGUGGAAAAAAAUUGGGAAUGCCCACAAUUUUCCAUAUAUGAAUGCCAUUGAUGACCCUAGAGCUGGGUUGUUUUUGAAUGAAGCUAUUCAUUGGUUGGCCUUUCGCCACGAUACCGAAGUUGAAUUGAUUCUUGCCUUUAAUGUAACACAGAGGAAGUUCACUGAUAUUCCUCUGCCUGACGAUUUCUUCCAAAACCUGGAAUUCACUUAUCUGGGGACACUCGGAGGAUGUCUCAGUCUAUCUGUUCUUGGGGACGACGAAGUUGAAAUAUGGUUGAUGAAGGAAUACGGAGCGAGGUCAUCUUGGACAAAAUCCAUGGUUGUGUCAGUUGAGAUUCCUGGUGACUACUUCUUCCCAAUCUGCUUGACCAAAAACGGUGAAAUUGUUGGAUCAGAUUAUUCAGAUGGUGGCAAAGGAUUAGUAAAGUGCAACGACAAAGGAAAAGUGCUAGAAUAUCUUGAAUACGUCUAUGAAGUUCAUGAGGAUAACGCCAUUGUUUAUACAGAGAGUUUACUUUCACUCCCUUGUGACAGUGGAGAAGAAGACGAGCAACAAGAAUGAGCAAGAAGGUAUGGGGUAUGAAUGGAAUGGAAUGGAAUGUUCUAUCUUUCUUCACCAGUUAUAUUUUCCUUUCUUGUGUUCAAUUCAGAAGGGGGAAAAUAAUUCUGGAGAAAUCCUUCCUGUUCCCUCCCCUGCAUUCUGCAUGGUUAUAUUUGAUCAUCUUACAGUUAUAUUAUUCGAGCAUCUCUGGGUUAUGUUU